AUGAAGAAACGUUGGCUGAUUAUUGUUGUUUCAAAUAUUAUAUUGAUGUUAUUAGUAUUUUAUAAAACUAUCUUUUCUGAAAGUUCACCCGAAGAGUAUUUCGUGAAGCACUCUGAGAUCACUGUAGACUUCUCUGAUGAGGCAGAAUCAACUUAUCCUGUCACUCCAUUUGUGUAUCCUUUGUUCUCUUACACAAUUGAUGGAAUGGAUCGCUUUGAAUGGUAUAAACGGCAGAUGUAUUUAAAUGUGAACAUCCACAAACCAAAAAUUGCAUCAAACAUCAGCACUUUAUAUGCCUAUGAGUUUGAACAUGAAAUAACAAUAACAACGACAUCGAGGGAUAGGAUGGGAUAUCGAGUUUACUGUCGAUAUGUUGAUGAAAACGAUUUGGAAAUAGGAGAACCAUUUGAAAGUUUCACGUAUCCAGAGUACAUUGUGGCCUGCAAAAAGAGAAAAGGAACCAGAAAAAUAGGAUUGAGUGUCGAGAAGAAUGGGUACUUUCAGCCACUCCCGAUUGUGAAUAGAAUGCUCAAAAAGCCAACAUAUGAGCUGUCAAUGUGCAUAGCAACACUCUACGGAGAUGAACCGAAGUGGUUGAUGUUUAUUGAAAUGAUUGAACACUACAAACUACAGGGUGUUCAACACUUCUAUCUACACAUUCACAAUGCUUCUAAUUAUGAUUUGAAAGUGAUAAAUGAAUACGUGAGAACCGGAGAACUAGAAGUUCAUUAUCUGCUGGAAAGAGACCGCAGAGCUGAUAAUCAUUGGCACAUGGUUAAUGUUGCGGACUGCCUCAUUUGGUCAAGAUUAGAAUCGAGAUGGACGAUAUUUGCAGAUUUAGAUGAAAGAAUUUCAAUGACGAAUUAUACUGGAACAAUACGAAAUUUUGUCAGAAACGUUAGAGAUGAGAGUAUAGGAAGUCUGCAGUUCAGGCAGCAAUGGAUUAUAAAACACGAGUUUAUGCCGGUGACAUUUGAGGGAGAUGAAAAGAUAAUCGAAUGGAUGCCAACUCAUCGAUGGCAUAAUUCAUCUGGAAUUGGCUCUCCCGGCCACACUACUAAAUGUAUAAUUGACUCAUCAAAAGUGUUCAAAAUGUUCAUUCAUAAUGUCAUUCAAUUCUUUCCAAAACAGAACGGAAGUUACGUAGAAGUAGGUGUGAAACCAGAACAAGGACUUAUCCGACAUUAUCGGGAUCAAUCACUGGGAAAUUGGGGAGAAAAGUGGCUGAAAGGAAUUCUCAAAUUCGGCCAAUUGAGAAACACGUAUUAUUCAAAGAAACUGAUUGGAAAACUGACAGAAAACGUUAAGGGAAGAGCUAAAUAUGUGUAUGAUAAUGUUGAUUGA